UUGAAAAUUAUUAAUUAAUUUAAACAUUUAAUCCUCUUUUUUAUAAUGAAAGAAUCAUUGCUUUUAUUACUUUUAUGUUUUAGUAGUAGCAACUAAUAUAUAUAUUUUUUUCUAAUGUAGCUACCAAUUCUGAAAGUUCACGAUAUGGCUGUUAAUAGUAAAAGAAUAACUUUAAAACGAACCAGACCAAAUCCAUUAUUUCAACGAUGGCUUCAGGAGCUACAGGAUGAGGCAAAGCUUGAAUUGAACAAUUUAGAAUAUUCAUUGGAUGAAGCUAUCAGUUCAUUAUCCAAGUAUCCUUUACCGUUAGAAAGUGGCGCGGAGUGUGCUAUACUAAAAGGUUUCGAUAAUAAACUAUGCUCUUUCCUCGAUAAGCGUCUACAAGCUUACACAAGCUCAAAUAAAUUGGAUAAUAAUUCUUCCAAAGUUACUAGCACAACCCUACCUGAACUAGAGCCAAUAGAUAUCAGUUCUAAAAAAGCCAAAAACAAUUACAUUACCAAAGAUGACUUUGAGAAACAAUCUGCAAGAAACAUUUUUAAGUGCACCAAGCUUACUACUGAUGUGCCUUGUGGAACAGAUGACUUAUCUGACAAUGAAGUACAAGAAGUUCAAGAGGUACCAUCCCAAAGUAAUGUGCUAAAAGGAUCUCGAAAAGAUUACUGUUCUAAUUUAAUUCAAGCUAACUACAGCUCUCUGAGUCCUGAAUUGGAAAAAUCACUUAGAGGAAGGGAAAGGAAAUUAAAAUACAAACCUAUCUACAAGUCUGGUAGUUAUGCUAUAGUGAUGGGUCUCUGGGAACAUUCAAUAGUGAAUUCAAAGCAGGGUAUUAGUAAGAUGGAUUUGCUAGAACUAGCCCAUAAAUACAUUGAGAGUUCUAUGAAAAAUGCUUCAGAUGCUUUACAUAAUUUGUUAUGGGCAAAUAUGAAUAACCUUGUAUCAAAGGGCCUUGUAAUGAGAAAGAAUGGAGAAACUCCAGUAUUUAAAUUGACAAAAUUGGGUAUUAAAACUGCAAAGGUACUGUAUAAAGAAUACAAAAAUAGAGAAAAACCUAAAGUUACAAAUUCAAAACAACCCGAAGAAGACGAUUGUGACGGAUCUAAAAAUAAUGUUCCAAUUAAUUCCAGAAACGGCAUUGACACUUGUAAUACAGAGGUUGAAGAAGUAGUGGAAUUUGAAGCUGGUUCAUAUGAUAUUAUUUUAUUUGUCGAUGUUAAAGAAACUUCUGGCUUAGCUAAGAAGAAUGAUCCUCUGAUGCUCCAAAUGAAGAAAUAUCCUAAUCUUCAACACGAGUUUAGAUCUUUGAGUGUCGGUGAUUUUGCAUGGAUAGCAAGGCACAGGUUAAGUAAAGAAGAAUUAGUGCUGCCUUAUAUAGUUGAGAGGAAAAGAAUGGACGAUUUCGCGAAUAGUAUAAAAGAUGGUAGAUAUCAUGAACAGAAAUUCAGAUUGAAGAAAAGUAAAGCAAAAGUUGUUUACUUGGUUGAAAAUUAUGAUAGUAAAUAUGUUGGUUUGCCCUAUCAGACAUUGAUGCAAGGAUUGGUCAAUACGAGAAUUAGGGAUGAGAUUCAGGUACAUCGAACAGAUUCAUUGGCGGCUACUGUUAGAUUCUUAGCCAUUCUGACAAUGAAAAUAAUUAACGAAUAUCAGAAUUGUUCUGUUAAGGGUCACCACAAAAUGGCGGAAGGCGACAUGUUGAUGACAUUCAAUUAUUUUAAAAAAGCUCUCGUAAAAAAUAAACCUUUGUCUUUGAAAUGUACCUUUAUAAAAAUGCUUUUACAACUACGAGGAUUAACAGCAGAUAAAGCUGUGGCUAUAACUAAUGAAUACGGAACGCCAAAAUUAUUAAUGGAUGCAUAUGAAAAUUGUGAUAAAAAAAAAGGUGAACUGUUGUUAGCUAAUAUUAAAGGCAAGAGUAAACGUAAUGUAGGACCUCGUGUAAGUAAAAAACUGUACAAAUUGUUUACAUUGAGAGAAUUAACGUAACUUUUAUCUCAUGAUAUCUGAGUGAAUUUAGUCCCUUAAUAAAAUAGUUUGAGAUGAACUGUGAAGGUAAGGAUAAUAGUUCUGUAGUAUUUUUAAUUAAAAUCGCAAUAAUUUGAUGGCAGUGUUAUGUAAAAUUGUUUUAAAAAAAAUGACCAAUUAGUUAUAAAUAGAUAAUAAUCAUGUUGUACAGGUUUCCUUACUAGAUUAAUUAUUGUAAAUAAUGUACAUAAAAAGAUAUAUAUUUUUGUAGAAUAUAACCGAGACACUAUUUUUUGUGCUAUGAAAUGUUACAGAUAAACAUAUUCUUUCAUAAAAAUAGGUUUGUAGGAAAUAUUUUAAAAGAAUUGAAUAUUUACUGUUAUAAACUAAAUCAAGAACUGUUUUAUCUUUAUAAGAAUAUUGUCUAGUUAUUUUUUACUUCGAUCAUUGUUUUUUGUAGAUAACUUAUAGGUAUCAAGGAAAAAUCUUAAAAGAUUUUGUCAUAGACUGUUAGUAUUAAGUAUUCUGUGAAAAGGGUGAAUUAUUAAAAAUAUUUAAUGCCUUUUAUAAUAAAAAAUAGCAAAUUGCAAAACAUCUUUCAUUAUCUGCAACUGCUAUAUGUAUAUUGACGAGUACAUAUAUUUUACACAAAAAAAUUGCUUUAGAGAUUUAUAUUGGGUAAAAUUAAAAAAUCUGUUAUAAAAAUAACUGCCAAAAAGUGAGUUUUAUAUGAAACGUUUGUAUAAUUUUAUAUUGAAUGUACUAAAAAUAAAUGAAAUAACACAAAAAAUUUAGUAUAUAUACUUUAUUAACACAACUAUUGACUGUGACAUGAGAGACAAUUUAUGAAUCAUCUGUAAAUAGUUCAGUUUAAGAGCACUUUAGGAUGGAAUCAACUUUUCCAAGUUUACAUAACCAUUUA